AUGAACAGAAGGGAUUCAAUACACAGGGAUAUCGAUUUCCCCUUCGUACCCUCUACCACUGAUAUGGCUGGCAAAACAGUCGCUAUUAUCGGCGGUGUAGCCGGGGGUGCGAGCGCAGCCGCGAGGCUACGUAGAAACGAUGAAAACGUGACCAUUAACAUGUACGAGCGAGGGCAGUACGUUUCCUUCGCCAAUUGCGGGCUUCCCUACUAUGUAGGGGGAAUUAUCAAGGAACAAUCAGAUCUGUUCCUCACAAAUCCGGAAGAGUUGAAGCGCAACUAUAACAUCAAUGUAUUCAUCAACACGGAGGUGUUGUCCUUCGAUAAGAAUGAGAAGACCCUGCGUGUUAUAGGCCCUGAUGGCGAACGGGCGGAUACGUACGAUAGGCUCAUACUGUCGCCUGGCGCUCAGCCCAUUAUCCCACCAUUUCCAGGACGAGAUUUACCGGGUAUCUUCACCAUAAGAGCAGUGCCCGAUACCGAGCUGGUCCGUUCGUGGCUUAAAAACACACCCGACGCAAAAACCGCGACGAUCGUUGGCGGUGGAUUUAUAGGGCUUGAGAUGGCCGAGAAUCUGCACACCCUCGGAUUUAAGGUGACUAUAAUCGAUAUGGCGGAUCAAGUAAUGACACCAAUGGACAAAGAAAUGGCUAUAUACGCUGAGCAGGUACUCGAGAGGGCCGAUAUUGACCUAGUUCUUGGGGAUGGUGUGGCGGGUUUUGAGCCAGCUGAUGGCAAAACGUUGCUUGUACGUACGGCACACGGACGUGCGGUUGACGCAGAUAUUGUGAUCCUGGCUAUUGGCGUGAGACCGGACAAUAAACUGGCCGUGGACGCUGGUCUAGCUGUGGCGAAAUCGGGAUGUAUUGCGGUAGAUGACCAUCAAACUACAUCAGACGCGAAUGUGUAUGCUGUAGGAGAUGUAGCUGAGAAAUACAAUGUUAUUACGAAGACAAGGAUGCCGUUCUACAUGGCUGGACCCGCCAAUCGACAAGGGAGAGUGGCCGCUGACGCGAUAUGUGGACGCGAAAACCGAUUCAGAGGAAUUCAAGGCACCGGAGUGUGUGGGAUUAUGGGGUUGCAGGUGGCCAUGACAGGGCUGACAGAGAAGGCAAUGGUGGCGGCAGGAAAGGUUAAGGGUAAGGACUUUGACGCUGUGUACUUGCACCCGCUGGAUCAUGUCGAGUACUACCCAUCCUCACACCACAUACACAUGAAGAUAGUCUUUUCCGUGCGUGAGGGCAAGCUGUUGGGAGCACAGGCGGUAGGUGUGCAAGGUGCCGAGAGAAGGAUAGAUGUGCUGAGUAUGGCGCUACAGAUGGGAGCCACUGUGUACGACUUAGCAGAGAGCGAGCUCUGUUACAGUCCACAGUACGGUGCUGCCAAAGACGCAGUCAAUCUGGCUGGAUUCUAUGCGAUUAAUACCAUCAAAGGGUAUGCGCAUAACUCGUAUUGGAAUCCCAACAACCCCUCUGUAUUCCCUGAUGAUGCGGUGUUGAUAGAUGUGCGAGAGCGCGAUGAAGUCAAGGAGAGCGGUACUGUUCCUGGGGCUACCAAUAUACCCAUGUCUGAGAUCCGAACACGCUUGGAUGAGCUUUCCAAGGAUAAAACCAUCCACGUGUUUUGCUUGACCGGGGUACGUGGGCAUAGUGUGAUGCGUAUGCUUGUGCAGAACGGGUUUAGUGCGAAGAAUAUAUCGGGUGGAUAUACCAGUUAUCUAUCUUGUGUGCCGAAGGCCCAUAGCAGAAAGGCGCUAGCCAGUGUUCUUUCGAUUUCUAAUUUGAACUACUAAUUUAGUCAAGCUUGGUUCAUGAGCCUGCGAGCAUACCCAAUUCCAAAAAUAAAUAUUAAGUAUAGGCAGUCCCUAUUUUGACAGUACAACCAUGACAAAAAAAACAGUACACUGGUAUAUCCUGAUCAAACCUCUAUAAACCUUUAUGGACAGCCUCUCACCUCG